AUGUCAAAUGAGUCAUUUUCUAUGGAUUCAUUCAGUUCUGAUUAUCAGAUUGAUAAAAAAAUCCAGCAUCAGCAGUUCGCAGAUUUUGGAAGCUUAGACGAUUUGUAUCUCGACGUUGUUUCUCCCCCAUUUCAAUCAUUCCGCGAUGAGAUUACAUAUCUUGGUGAUAUUGCAUCUCAAGAUUCAGAUCUUAUCGAAUCUAACAAGAAAAAUCCUCGUGUUUUCCCUUCAGCCUCGCUUGAGAUUCUGAAGAAAUACGGAAGCAGGCUCAGAAGAUUGAAAAGUGACGAGAUAAAUGUCCAACGCUCUAGGAUUAGCAGCCAAAAACUGUCAACCGAAACAAUUAUUCGGUUGGCAGCAGAAGAAUUCAUACAGUCGACUCAAAGAAGUUCUAAAUUACGCGUGCUUAGUCAUCCUUAUCCAAGUGCAUUUUUGGACCAAUCCGGUGAAGAUUAUAGAGCAGUCGGACUUGUACAGAAUCUGUUAUCUUGCGUGGAGAAUGUAAGCCAGAAGCAGUAUGAACGCGCGAGCAGGAUUCUGCUCCAGUGUGACAAAAUGAGUUCUAAUACAGGGAAUCCUGUUCAGAGAUUAACAUUCUAUUUCGUUGAGGCUCUUUACGAGAAGAUUGAUAGAGAAACAGGGAAAUCUACACCGAAGGGGUUAGGGAAAACGCCUGUAGAUCUUCGAGAGGCGUCUAAAAGCCCGAAGUGUACUCAAAUUGCGUGUCACAAGGAGCUACCUCUCUCUCAGAUCACCAAAUUCGCAGGAAUUCAGGCUAUAGUCGAACAUGUAGGAGAGUCGAGAAAGAUACACAUAAUUGACUUCAAGAUCGGAAAAGGAAUACACUCAAUAAUUUUAAUGCAAGCUCUUGUAGCACGACAAAAAAAUCCCCUCGAGCAUCUUAGAAUUACGGCUGUGGGAACGAAUUCAAGACCAACGAUAGAGGAAACCGGUAGACAUUUGAGUAGUUUUGCUCAAUCCUUAAACUUGCAUUUCUCGUUUAAUGCACUUCUAGUAGAUGAUAUCCUAGAUCUUAACGAAGAGCUCUUUGAUUUGGACGAGGGUGAAACAGUUGCUGUCUAUGCUGCCUAUUCUUUAAUGAAUUGGAUUGCACGGCCAGAUUGUCUGGAGAAGUUGAUGGGAUUGAUCAGAGCCCUCAAUCCUUGUGUUAUGAUUGUUAGUGAAGUCGAGGCAAAUUGUAACUCCCCGAUUUUCGUGGAUCGUUUUGUUGAAGCUCUCUUUUUCUACGGUGCAUUUUUUGAUUCAUUGGCAGAUUGUCUGAAGGAUGAUGAAGAAAACAGAAGGGCUGCUGAAUCAACGAGUUUUAGCUCGGCAAUAAGAAACAUUGUGGCUACGGAGGGGGAUGAAAGGAAGAUCAGACACAUGAGUAUCGAUGUCUGGAGGGCUUACUUUUUGCGCUUUGGAUUCUUCGAG